AUGAACACCUCUAUCAGCUAUCUUGUUAACAGCACUGGCAGGCAGCUGACCAUGGCCACAACCACCCCAGCCUUCAGUGCUUUCAGUACCUUAAGGGAGAAUUCAUUUGUAGAAGACUUAUCAGGCUCUACUACAUCAUCCUUCACUGAAAACAUCUCUGCAACCACAGAUUAUUACUAUUACUACUACCCUGAUGAGGAUUUUGGCAGAUGUGUGUAUGAGCGUCACGGGGCAAAUUUCCUUCCAUCCCUCUACUCGAUUUUCUUCAUCCUCGGGCUUCUGGGUAACUCUCUGGUCAUCUGGGUCAUUGCUUGUGGGGUUCGUCUCCGCAGCAUGACCGACGUGUGUCUCCUAAAUUUGGCUGUUGCAGACCUUCUCUUGGUGUGCUCCCUUCCCUUCCUAGCCCACCAAGCCCGGGACCAGUGGCUGUUUGGGGAUGCAAUGUGCAAAGUUGUCCUGGGUAUUUAUCAUAUUGCUUUUUACUGUGGGAUCUUCUUCAUCAGCCUAAUGAGCAUCGACCGGUACUUGGCUAUAGUACACGCUGUUUAUGCUAUGAGAGCACGGACAAGGUCCUUCGGAAUGACUGCAGCUGCUGUUACUUGGGUGGCUGGAUUUUUUGCAUCUUUCCCAGACCUCAUCUUUCUCAAACAGCAGUCUACUGGUAAUACUUCUCAGUUUUGUUUCCCAGCAUAUCCCACAGAUGCUUUGGAUGAUAUCAGUUCUUCCAACCUUCACUUCUGGAGGAUCUUCAGCCUUUUUAAAAUGAAUAUUUUGGGUCUAUUUAUCCCAGUUGUCCUCAUGGGUUUCUGCUACUCACAGAUCAUCUGGAGGCUACUGGGGAGCCGGUCAUCCAAGAAACAGGCCAUCCGUUUAGUUCUCAUAGUGGUAGCUGUGUUCCUCUGCUGCUGGGUCCCCUACAACGUUGCAUCGUUCUUCAAAGCAAUGGAGCUAUUAAACAUCUAUAUAGAAUGCAAAAGCAGCAAAGACAUCCGACUGGCUUUACAAAUCACUGAAGCCAUUGCCUACUCUCACAGUUGCCUCAACCCCAUCCUGUAUGUGUUUGUUGGGGAGAAGUUCAGGAGACAGCUGCUGAAGAUGAUAAACAGGUCUCCCUGCAGGCAGAUGAUCAAGGUCUUCAUACCUCAGGACAGAAUCCCCGGGUCAGUCUACUCACAGACCACCAGCCUGGACGAGAGGAGCACUGCUGUGUAAAGUGGGAGUGUGUUUGUGGUUAUGUGUGUUCCUGUUACUUACUAUCUUACUAUCUGUGGUUGUCUGCACAAUGACGCCAAUUCUUAUGAAGUCAAGUAGAGGUAAUUCUCA